AUGGCUGAGCAUAUCGACAGAGCUCGACUCAACAUUGAUUUAUCGUAUCGUUUUAAAUAUGUUUCAAAAUUUAUUGACUUCAAACAAGAGGAUAUUAAAAUUCUUAAUACAUUAGAACCAAUAAUUAAUCCAAUUCUUCCAACUUUGGUUGAAACAGUCUAUAAAAAAUUAUAUUCAUUUGAUAUCACAAAACAAUAUUUUCUUAUGCGUAAUGAUGGUUUUGAAGUGUUUGCGCCAAACAAAGAAACCGGUCUAACAUUAGAUUCUGUUCAAAUUGAUUAUCGGAAAGAUAUGUUAAGCGUGUUUCUAAGACGAAUAUUAACACAAUCUGAUUGGAACGAUUCAUUUCUUCAAUAUUUAUCACGUGUCGGAGAAAUUCAUACAAACAAAGGUGGCGCAUCAUCAAUUAGUGUUGAUUAUAUACAUAUAAAUGCACUGAUCUGUACGUUGGAAAAUACUUUUAUUGAUACCAUAUGGGCUGUGGAAAGUAUUGAUUGGGGAAAGAAACGUGAAAUUUUGCAUGCAUUGAAUGCUAAAUUAAAUCAAGACGAACAUUUAGCGAGUCUUGAUAUUCAAGAUUUAUAUGCAAACAUACCAGUCAGCAAAGCCAUCGAUAUUACAUUAAAACGGCUUGAUGAAUCUAAGAAAUUGGACAAUUUACUAUUUACCAAAACUGAUGUUAAAGAACUACUAAUUCUAGCGUUAAAGAACAGUUAUUUUCAAUUUAAUGGUAAAUUCUACAAACAAAAAACAGGUUUACUUAUGGGUAAUACAUUAUCACCAAUAUUAGCCGACAUAUACAUGGAUGAAUAUCAAAAACAACAUUUACAUGAAGUAAACAUUCCAAAUAAAAUAUGGCAAUAUGUUGAUGACAUUCUAAUCAUUACAAAAAUGAAUAAACCACAAAUGGAAUAA